GAGAGAGAUCUAGAGAGAGAGAGAGAGUUAUCCAUGCUGUUGUAUGGGAAAGUGUGGCCUGCUUUGAUGGGGCAUUCAAUGCAUAACCACCCACCAUACCUAAAACUCAUUAAUAAGUAGUGAGACCUCCUUCACCUCCUCCCUCACUGUCAUCUCCACCAAAAACUUAGAUUGUGGCACAGAGAAACCAAGAGAGAGAGAGAGAAGCUCCAACAAUGGCGGACAAGAGAGAGAAAAGUGGUGCAGUAGUUUCAGGAAGCUCUCCAAUGGAUAUUUCAACAAGAGAUGGGGAGGAUGAAAAUGGCAGCACCGUCAUGCGCACGGCGGAGACGUUGCUGCGUUUGUUGCCGAUGGCUCUAUGCGUGGUGGCCCUUGUGGUCAUGCUCAAGAACUCACAGACUAAUGACUUUGGUUCUCUCUCCUACUCUGACCUUGGAGCUUUCAGGUAUUUGGUGCAUGCCAAUGGUAUUUGUGCUGGUUAUUCUCUCCUCUCAGCUGUCGUUGCUGCCGUACCUCGUCCCUCCACCAUGUCUAGAGCCUGGACCUUCUUCCUCCUCGACCAGGUCUUAACAUACAUAAUACUGGCCGCCGGUGCAGUCUCGACGGAAGUGCUGUACCUGGCGUAUAAAGGAGACGAGGCCAUAACAUGGAGCGAAGCUUGUGGGUCAUUUGGGGGCUUUUGUCGAAAGGCCACGGCACCCAUAGCCAUCACCUUCGUUGUGGUUUUUUGUUAUGCAGUGCUCUCACUCAUCUCCUCGUAUAGGCUUUUCAGCAAAUAUGAUGCACCUGUAGGUUACAAUAACAAGGGGAUAGAGAUUGCUGCCUUCCACGGCUGAUCCACAAUCUACCUCAGAGACCCAAUGCUGCUUUUCACUGGUUAUGUACACCGAAGAACUUAAUAACAUUAAAGCAUAAGAGUUGCAUGCUUUAUGUUUAUGAAAGUGUUUGUUUGAGCUCUCUUUAGUGCCUAACCAUUUGAUGCAUGCCCAUUUGCAUUCCAAGAAACCUAAAUUACAAGUGGCAAUUGAGUCUUGUUACGUUUGGAUUGGAGUUGUAUCCUGCUGAAUUUUUGACAAAAUAAUCGAAUAUUAGGCCUAUCAAUCAAGCAGGGCGAGAGUUGUUCAGCACUCCCAAACCCAAACCCAAACCUUAGGAAUAAGAUUUCUGUGAGAACUGCUCCAUUUGCAUCCAAUGCGUUAUAAAAAGCAUUGCACACACCUCACUUUGCACAAGACAAUUCCUAGUGAUGGGAAAAGGUGUGUGGUUUAGACUUAGAAUUGUAAAACAAAUCUCAAUGAUUUGCACUACAGGAUAGUACCAAGC